UACUUUGUCUGGUAGUAAUAACAACUGGUGUCCAGUGAGUCACUAAAGUGACUCUUUGCCUCUUCACUCACUCACUUUCCCUCUCUGUAAAGUUCCAAUCCAACUUACUUUUUCAACUCUCCAAAUAACACAAAGAGUUACUAAGAUACAUUCGUCCAUUCACUUGUUAAUUUAAUAGUUUCUACUGAGUUGAGUUGAGUUGUGUCGUGUCCCCAACCCUGAAGAGGUGGAGGAGCUUAAUCACUUGUUAAUAGUAGCAGCAGCAACUCUUUCUUAUAGGUAACGGCUAAAGUAUUGGGCUGAACUUGCUGGUUUAGGUCAUAUUGGAUGUGAUGAAGCUUAAAAAAUGGCUUGCAAGUGUUUUGUUGGUCACUACUGCUAUGCUAACCACUGCAUUGGGUGCAUUUGUGGGGGUAAACAUUGGCACUGAUGUCUCUGAUAUGCCAUCUGCUUCGAAUGUGGUUGCUAUUCUAAAAGCCAAUCAAAUUACUCACGUCCGUCUUUAUGAUGCAAAUGCACACUUGCUACAAGCCCUUUCAAACACAGGUAUCGACGUAAUUGUUGGCGUCACCAAUGAGGAGGUACUGAAAAUUGGAGAAUCUCCAUCAGCAGCUGCAGCGUGGAUUAAUAAAAAUGUAGUUGCUUAUUUACCAUCCACCAAUAUUACAGCAAUAGCUGUUGGCAGUGAAGUUCUUUCCACAAUCCCAAAUGUUGCCCCUGUUCUUGUUCCUGCCAUGAAUUCUCUUCACAAAGCUCUGGUUGCUGCAAACCUUAACUUCCGUGUCAAGGUUUCGACCCCUCAAUCUAUGGAUAUUAUCCCCAAGUCUUUUCCUCCUUCUACUGCCACCUUUAACUCUUCGUGGAACUCUACAAUCUACCAACUCCUCCAGUUUUUGAAAAACACGAAUUCAUCCUACAUGUUAAAUGCCUACCCUUAUUAUGGAUACACUAAAGGAGAUGGAAUUUUCCCUCUUGAAUAUGCUCUUUUCCGACCUCUUCCUUCGGUGAAGCAAAUUGUCGAUCCAAACACACUUUAUCACUAUAACAGUAUGUUUGAUGCUAUGGUGGAUGCUACCUAUUACUCUAUAGAAGCCUUAAAUUUCAAAGAUAUACCAAUUGUCGUCACUGAGACUGGCUGGCCGUGGUUUGGUGGAGCAAAUGAACCCGAUGCUACUGCAGAAAAUGCCGAGACCUACAAUAAUAAUAUGAUUCAGCGGGUCCUGAAUGGUUCAGGUCCGCCUAGUCAGCCAAACUUACCUGUCAAUACAUACAUAUAUGAAUUAUUUAAUGAAGAUAACAGGAAUGGACCUAUAUCGGAAAAAAAUUGGGGCAUCGUCUAUACUAAUGGAAGUACUGUUUAUCCUUUAAGUUAUGGCGCUUCUGUCCCGAUCACUGGAAAUUCUUCAGCAUCAGUAUUUUGUGUGGCUAAAGAUGGAGCAGACACUGAUAAGCUGCAAGCUGGCCUGAGCUGGGCUUGUGGACAAGGCGGAGCAAACUGUGCUCCUAUUCAAUCAGGGCAGCGCUGCUAUCUCCCCAACAAUGUGAAAAGCCAUGCCUCUUAUGCUUAUAAUGAUUACUAUCAGAAAAACCACGGUGCGGGUGGAACAUGCGACUUUGAUGGUACUGCUGAAGUUACUGCAAAGGAUCCGAGUUAUGGAUCCUGUAAAUUCACCGGAAGCUCUGGCGCCGAUGGAUUGAGUUUACCUCCUACGACGGCACAGGGACCUACAAGCCCCUCUGGAGCAAGUAUGAAUCUGCAAGUGUCUAGCCUUCAGUAUUUAAUAUCUGCUGUUGGUGUAUUUUUUGCUCUUGCGAUGCUAUAACCAAUUGGUUUAUGCACUUAAGAUUGCAAUUCAAUUAUUCGCGGAAUGUAGUUUUGUACGAUUUUGUUUCUAACUUUUGUCCAUUUUAUUCUUCAUAGCUGUGUCCCAUCUUGUGCAUUUGGGGUCAUUGUAAUUUAUCACUUUUAGAAUAGAUAGUUGCUUAAAUCUAGUGAUUUAGCUCUAGGAGACAAACUGAAGGCCGAGUCUAGAAGAAGUUAUUGCCAUUGUCUUUUAACAAACAAAUGUUACUUCCUUUUGGGUUGUUUGGGGAAAACAUCCCUAUCCAUUGGUUUCUUAAGACUAUGUUUCAAUUGAUUGAAAGAUGGAAUGGAACGGAUUGAAACUAUAA